AUGUAUACUAAGGCGCCCCCACACUAUUCGUUUGAGUACUCUGUAGCCGACUCGCACACGGGUGACAUCAAGUCCCAGCACGAGAGCCGAGAGGGUGAUGCUGUGCACGGUGCCUACAGCUUGCACGAGUCCGACGGCACUGUCAGAACUGUUGAAUACACCGCUGACACUCAUAACGGGAGAAGUGAGUGCUUUGAAGGCAAGAUUGCUAUCGCCGCCGCUGUCCUUUCCGUAGCUGUCGGACAAUACAAUAGUGGUUAUGAACAUGGACAUGGCCACGCGCAGUCGUCUCAGAACAUAGUACUGCAUCAGAGCCACGGCCAAACUGCUCACAGAGCGCCCGCUGUGGUCUUGCACCACCAGCCCGCACAAUACGCAGAACACAACGACCAUAACCAGGACUACUAUGCACCCCCACACUAUUCGUUUGAGUACUCUGUAGCCGACUCGCACACGGGUGACAUCAAGUCCCAGCACGAGAGCCGAGAGGGUGAUGCUGUGCACGGUUCCUACAGCUUGCACGAGUCCGACGGCACUGUCAGAACUGUUGAAUACACCGCUGACGCGCAUAACGGAUUCAACGCUGUUGUACAUCGUGAGGGUCAUGCUACCCACGCAGUUCCCGUUCAACAUCAUCAUUGA